GAAAAAUUCCAAAGCCAGAGACCAGUCAGAGAAAGUGUACCCCAUCACGGAUCAGACAUACGCUAUCAUAAUGCACUCAGUAAUCAUCGUCGAACAGGAGUUGGAGCAAUCCGUCCGUGGAUACGCUCAAAUCCUCGACACCGCCAACGGUAACACCGAAGUUUCCCAAGCUCUUUUGAAGUACUUCAACGACGCCAAGACUCAAAUCACCGACAAGAAGGCCUUAGCCGAAGCUGUGUUGGCCUCUGCCAGCACCGCCAACUUGGGUCAGUUGCCAGACAAGGAGUUUGAACCAACCUACAACUUGGUUUUGUACAUUUUGACCCAGUUGGUUGGACCUGUUGAAACCCUUUUGGAACAAUACCCACAAAUUUUGACCAACUUGGUUGCUAGCAACCCAACUCAACAACCAUCCUUGCGUGACAGAAAGUCCAUCAAGUCCACCACCAUUUUGUCCUUGCUCAACAAUGUUUUCAACUUGUUGCCAGAACAAUCUGCUAAGCGUGUUGUGGUUUUAAACAAGAUUUUGGAAGUUGUAGCUCAAUCCGGAUUAGAUUUCCAACUUAUUAGCGGUAGCAUUGGUGACAACUUGGUCAGCUGGUUGAGUGCUGCCGGUGCUUCUGAACAAGAUAUCAAGAGCACCUUUUGGCGUUUUGUUUCCUUGGACUCUGCUUCUUCUUUGAAGACUUUGCAAUUAAUCAAGACUUUCACACAAGAACACACCAUCUCUGCACAAGAAUUAAACCAAUUAAUUGAGUUUGCUUUGGAAUCUGAAGUUGUAGAUGUUUCCUUCUUGGUCAACCACAAUGUUGCCCAUGCCAUCAAGAGCCACGCUGCCUCCGAUGACUUUGUUCAAUUGUUUGACCGUUACACCAACGGUGAGCUUCUUGUUCAAUCUAGUCUUGUGAGCCCUCAACUUAUCGCCAAGUCGCAAAUCCUUGCCUUGGCCAAAUUCUUUGCCACCUCCACCCAAUCCAUCUUCCAAUACAAAGACAUCCCAGCUGAAUUGGCAUCCUCUUCAGUUGAAUUGGAAACUCUUUUGAUCAACGCCAUCAAGUCUGGUGUCAUCGAAGGUAAGCUUAACCAACUCACAGAAACUUUCUACUUGACCAGAGCCAACCGUUUUGUUCUUGCCGGUGCUGACAACUCCCAAAACUGGGACAACGUGCAGGCGGCGUUGAACGAAUGGAAGCAAUCCUUGCACAACAUAAACGAAAUUGUUAACACUACCAGAGAAAACAUAGUGAAGGACAACCAAAGCUAAGGAACGAGGAGUAAUUGUAAGGGAGAAAGAAAGAUGUUUAUACGGAAGAAGUAGAGUACGUUUUAGUAAUAGAAGUUACAGGUAAGAAAAGCAACCCCAAAAGCUCCAAGUAUAUCUUUUAGGGAAUACUGGGUAGCUGUGUAAAUCAAAAUAUUCUAAUAGAUAUAACAUA